UCUGCUCAUCGUGUUUACAGAUGACACGUAACAGAGUACAGACGGAGUCUCAAUCGAUGUUGGAAUUUUGCAUGGUGGACGAGGAGGAUCGAAAGGGACGCGGGGGGCGGCGGAAAUAGGUACCGGCGGGCGCACAUCACAAGUUUCAGAGCGAGUGGGUGGGUAGACCGUUCCAUCUUCGUCUUCCUCCUGGAGGUGGGAGGCGAUCGAGUCUGGCGACACCACGGAUCCUCCAUUUCUCAUCUUCUACAUCCGGUUACAUCAGAUUUUUGCGACAUUUCACAGGAGGGGGAAGAGUGAUUCAUCGUGUUGUCCCGAAAUACAUUUCUAUUUUUAUAUGUGAAUCUCAUCUUAGCUAGACACGUACAAUGAGACCUCCACUACACAAGUCCGGGAACUCCCAUAAUCGGCCAGCGGCCAUAGGAAAGUUUCUAUCUCUCAAGCUGAUGCUACCCAUUGCUCUACUUAUUUCGGUAUGUGUCAUUGCUGUCGCCCAGUACCACCAAAGCAUCACCUACUUCUUACGGCCACUGUGGGACACACCGCCUAAACCUUUCACCCGUAUCCCACACUACUAUGCCCCCAACACCUCCAUGGCCGAGCUGUGCAAGCUCCAUGGCUGGCACGUCCUAUCCUCCCCUCGCCGUAUCUUCGACGCCGUCCUCUUCAACAAUGAGCUCGACAUCCUGGAGAUCCGCUACCGCGAGCUCUUCCCGUACGUCCACAAGUUCGUCAUCCUGGAGGCCAACGCCACCUUCACCGGCAUCCCCAAGCCGCUCUCCUUCUCACAAAACCUCAACCGGUUCGCAUUUGCGCGUUCAAAGAUCCUCUACGACAGGCUCCCGAUCGGUAGGCUGGAUCCUGAUCAUCGUCGACAGCCGUUCGACGUGGAGGCCAGCCACCGCCGAGCGCUCAACGCCCUGCUAAGAAGGUCAGGCAUCGCCACGGGGGACGUCCUGGUCAUGGCUGACGCCGACGAGAUCCCGAGCCCAGAGACUGUGCAGCUGCUGCGGUGGUGCGACGGGGUGCCGCCGGUGAUGCACCUCGAGCUAGAGAACUACAUGUACUCCUUCGAGUUCCCCGUGGACCACAGCAGCUGGAGGGCGACAGCGCAUCUCUUCAACGAGCGAACGGGGUACCGCCACUCCCGUCAGAGCGACCUGAUUCUGGCCGACGCCGGGUGGCACUGCAGCUUCUGCUUCAGGGAGAUCAGGGAGUUCGCGUUCAAGAUGAAGGCUUACAGUCACGCGGACAGGGUGAGGCGGGAGAGCUUCCUCGACCCGGCCAGGAUCCAGAGGGUCAUAUGCAGCGGGGACGACCUGUUUGACAUGCUCCCUGAAGAGUACACCUUCAGAGAUCUGUUCAAGAAGAUGGGACCCAUACCCAGCUCAGCCUCUGCCGUUCAUCUGCCGUCCUAUUUGAUUAAGAAUGCGGACAGGUUCAGGUUCUUGCUUCCUGGUGGGUGCCUUAGAUCAGAGUAAACUACAAAUGUGUUCCGUGAACUUAGCAGGCAGGGUUGGUUGUAGAUGCAAUGUUGUCGUGUAUGUGGAAAUAUGUGUAUUAGGGUGCAAGAGCAGAAUUAACAGUAAACAUAGACUCUAUCUCCCCAGGUAAUGCGCACUGCACCUAAUCUGGUUGAACAUGCACUUAGUUAAACC